CGCCCCCGGCCUGGGCGGAGCCGAAGCACCCCGCCCGCCGCAGAUCUGGCUCUGGCGUCUGGCUAGUGCGCGGCGGCCCGACCCGGCUAGUGUGCGGGCGGAGCCGGGCGGCGAGGCUGCUGCUGGCGGAUCGUGCCGGACUGCGGGCCGCGACAUGGAUUGUACUGUGCAGCCCAAAUUCCAGCCUCGUUGAGCCAGCCACACCAAGAACUUUCCACCAGAAGAGCCCUUCCAAGUACUGACCAUGUCUAUCAUGGACCAUAGCCCCACUACGGGGGUGGUCACGGUCAUUGUCAUCCUCAUCGCCAUUGCUGCCCUGGGGGCCUUGAUCCUGGGCUGCUGGUGCUACCUGCGGCUGCAGCGCAUCAGCCAGUCGGAGGACGAGGAGAGCAUCGUGGGUGAUGGCGAGACAAAGGAGCCCUUUCUCCUAGUGCAGUACUCUGCCAAGGGGCCAUGUGUGGAAAGAAAGACCAAGUUGAUGACCGCCAAUGGCCCAGAAGUGCAUGGCUGAGCUGGGCUGCGAAGGCCCUGGUUCCAUUUGCAGCCAGCCCAGAAGCACUGAGGGCCGAAGCAGACAUGAUGGAUGCUGUGUGAGAGAGGUUGACACUUGCUGGCAUGGUCUCUUCGGGCUUCAUCAUCGCAUGCACUGACUUGCGGGUCCCGGCUGUCCUGGCAUUCCCCCUCAGCCUCCUGGUGGGGCUGCCCAUUGCAGGCAGUGGGCAGGCCUGACCUUGCUGGGGCUCAUGGCCCCUUAGCGCUUUUGUUACUUGAAUGUUUUAGCUGAGCCUGUUUUUGAUGGAGCUACUACUGUAAUGCGUGAACUAACCAACCUGUGAACUGUAAAUAGGCCCAGAAGCACGUGCUUAAGCCUUUUUGCUGAUUUUUAAAAUUACCACAUAGAGCCCAUGGGACUGGCUUGAUGACUGUACUCGUGGUGAGUUGCGGCGGCAUGACCAUGGAGGGUCUUUGACUGGUCAGGCCCCAAUUGCCCUUGGCAAGUCUCACUGAGGUCUGAUCUGUGUGUAUGGAAAGGAAGUGAAAGGCUAAGCAGCUGGGGUGCUGGGGUGAUUUCUGCUUGGUUAGUAAUGAGUAGAAGAAAAACCACACCCCUCCCUUUGGAGAGCUUCAGCUUUGUUACGUAGCAGUGUGUGCAGAUGGCAGUCACUGCAAGGAAGCUGCUGUACUUGUUUUGAAGCCUAUGAUGGACAAGUCCCUAUGAGUCCUGAGGGCUGCCAGGCAGCUAAGCGGAGCAGUGUCUUGCCCUUUGGUCUUGAGCAUGCCCAGUACAUCCCUUCAGCACAGGCCUUGCAGAAACACCAGAGCCUGCGGCGGCUACUUGAAGUCUGAAACCUAGUCAGCCCAAGCAAGCAAGGUUUUGUUUUUAUAUUUAAUAUUUUCUGCACUGGAGUGGGGGUGGGGUAGGGGAUGAAUUUUUUUUUCCUCCCAUCUUUUCACAAGUGAGCUUCCUUUCCUCUCCAAUGACUGCCCACUGGCUGAGUAUUGGGUUUCACUUUAGUCCUUGGAGCUUUGUACAGAGCCCCCUGCCCCAGCUCUAAAUUAGGUGCCUGUGUGCUGAAGAUCAUUUCUAGUGUGCACAUAUGUAUUUCUAGUGUGCACAUAUGUAUUUACAGCAGAGCCAACAGGAGUUCAAAUUCAGGGCCUGGCUCUCACAGGAAAGGGAGCCAGCAGCAUGUGUCUCCGAGAUAUCCUUUGAGUCCAUGCCCAUUCUAAACCAUUCCGAUUAGAACACCAGUGUAUGGGCGCCCUUGAUAAUGACUAGGUGGCUGGCCCUGGCUUGGGCGGCACGCUUGAGAGCAGCAUGGGCAGGAAACAGAGAGCUUCAGACCAGGCUGGAGACAGCUUUAAAAAGCAUGUGAAACUAACCCGAUCUCUAAAUCCCGAGGAAAGAGCUGUAGGGAGCACUUCUUUUUAGCAGUGUAUAUCUACACAUGGUGUGUGUGUGUGUCAGAAGUUAAGGAACAGCUCUAGGUGAGGAGAGACAGCUCUAAGGCCAUUUGUGAGGGUAGGAAUAAGACAUGUAUGGUGGGCUGCUGCAGUAAAAACAGCUUAAGAAACUCUUGGGCCCUGGUGAGCUAUAUAGCUAAGUCAUGGAAGACGUAGAAAGGGGUAGACUGGACAUCGGCAGAGGCUGCUUAGGCUGGCUCGGAUGCAUGUUGGACCUGGCAGCAGUGACUCUUCGGGUCCAGGAGGAGGACAGAAUGUAUGAAAGGCUCUGCUCUGGAGCUGGCAGAGGCUGAGGGUUUUGGCCCAUCCCCAUCCCACUUCCAGCUUUCUACCUCUAAUUCUUGCAGCAGCAGCCUAUACACUGCUGAUCCUUUAGCUCCACCGGCCACUGACCCGAAAACAGCUUGGAUCUACAUUUUCAGUGUGAGCCUGGCUCCUAGAAAUGCUCAGAUCACUCCACUGUCAGACACAGGUCACAUCUUUUACUAUGCCAAUGACGUUUCUUCUUAUCAGUUAUAGUUGUUGGGAGCUUCCUGUCUCCUCCCCAGUUGCCAGGGAUGUCUUUGGCAUUUUAGUCAACCCAUCGAGACUGGGAUGAAUUGCUGAAUAAGUUCAGACACUGUGGGGCACUGGUAGAGGUCUUAGGGAGAAAAAUGAAACACCUAUAGAACUAGUGAACAACCACACAAUAGUCUUCCCUGUCCUUGUUUAUCACUGGCUACCUUUUUAUUUUACACUCCAAUGGUUAAUAAGUUAUAACCCUCUCUUCAGAUUCUUUCUCCAUCGUGCAAACCUUUGUGGGGAAGUCUUCUGAUGAGCAAGAAGUUAGUUAGCCUUUCAUCCUGGGGAGCAGGCAAGAACACCGAGGCUCAGCCACUGAAGCAAGGACUGACUUUCCUAGAUUAAUCUCCAAAUGAACUGUGCUACUGUUGUGUCUCAAAGCUACCAAGUUUGUGCAAUAAGUGGAAGGGAAGGGAUGCCAUUCCUGGUCAAUAAACGCUGAAUGACAUUCAAGUUCAUUUUCUAGACCACUGAGAAAAUCUUUAUUUACAAUAAAUUUCAAUAAAAUUUGCAUAAAUAUAUUCCCAA